AAUUGGUGGGGAGCCGGAUGUAUUGUGGAGUCCAAUCGGUUCCGUUCUUCGAGACAUUCAUGAUAUUAGUUCCGCCCCAAAUUUUGGUAUAGUAGCGGCACCUCCGCCGCACGGGGGCCAUGUUCGACGAUCCACAACCACCCAACGCCGUAGGGCUUAAUGUCGAUAAUACUGAAGCCAUUCGAUCAUUCCUCAUCUCCGCCUCAACGGGUGUUCACAGCCUUCCUGACAACCUCCGAGAUGUAUCUUCCGCUCUGUUGCAGGAGAGCUACGUGUCGUAUCGAUCUCUCAGGAGCAUCUGGCACGCCCUUCCUCCUUCCGAUCGUCCUGCCCUCCGUCACCUCCUUAAGGGGGCUGAUUUCGUCUUCUCCAGUCCCAAACCAAGGGAGAAGAGUGAAGAAUUGAAGGCGAGGUUGAGGAAGCUCGCUGAAUUGUCCGAGAGAAGGGAAUACCAGGAACUGGUGAAGGACAUUGUUCCCAAGAAGCAAGCAGUGGAGCCUUUCUCUUCUUACAAAGAUCAGAUCGGAUUUGGUUUGCAUGUGGUGCUUAUAAUGUUUACAGGGUAUUUAGUUGGGUUUUCUGCUUUCAGAGCUCUAUUUAAUCAUAGUGCCGUAAUGAAUACUGCUGGAGGCAUCUUAGGGAUGGUUUGUGGUAUGCUACUUGAAACAGUUCUCUUUAUUAUUAGGACGUCCAGUAAAGAAGUGGAAUCCUCAAAUUCACUUCCAGCAGAAAAGAAGUUCCUCUAGCGAAUUCUAUCACUAAUUGGGUCGAUCUAGAGAUGUAUCCGUAGAUACUUGUUGUUUCUUGUCAUGACCUUUUCAAUGCUAUUAUAUUGGGAUCUUGCCACGCCUUGUUGAAAGAUUUUAUUGCAAACUGCAGUGUAAGUUUUUUCAUCCAUUUAUGAGUGUAGGCUGGUGCCAUUCUCUAUUGAUAGUAGUUAUUUUUAAGAUGUCACCAAGUCAUCUUUGGAUGGAAGUCUAUUCUAAAGCACUGUACCCUUAAUCAAUCUCAAUAUUUUCCUUUUGCUGUU